GAGACGAAGGCCGAGGUACCGGACGAUAGCGUGGGCGAGGCCCCGUGGAAAAAGCUGCAGCUCCUCUUGGCCUCGCCUAGCCACGGCGCGGCUGCGGUGCCACAGCCUAUUCGGUGGGGCGCCCCAGAGGCCGUCAAGCAGGGCUCAUGGGGCGUAGGAGGCGGCGCAGCCGUGGCGCCUUCGACUAUGGAGUGGAACGCCCAGGGUGGCUGCCAUGCAGGGGCGUGGGAAGCGCUUCGCUACGGCGCAGCACCGACACCGCAGGCACCAGCCUGGAGCGCAGAGCCCUCUGGCUGGAUGGGCUGCCAGUUGGCAGCGGCGUCCUGGGCGGUCCAGCCCGGAAACGCCCAGCAGGCCCUUCUGGGCAGCGGUCUCCAGCUCUGGGGCCCCGGGCAGGCGCUGGCGGGAGCUACCGUGCCCCCAGGCUUUGGCAGUGCGAGCGAGGGCGCCCAGCAGGGAGUGCUCCGGGCGGUAGAAGCGGACGUGGUGGACCCUUUGUUCCCGGAGCACAGGCGGCUCCAUGAGCAUGGAAGCUCGGGGGCGGGGCGGGAGCAGUCCAGACAGGGGGAGGAGAAGAGGUACGACAGGUUCUUGCGCCUGAUGCCGGAUGGCAGCUUGCCGUCCGACAGGACCAUCCUUUACUGGGCCUCGACGGUCCCAGCCGGCAACCCCCUGCUCAGGCGCGGGGCCGAGUGGCACUACCUGCCCAAGGAGAAGGGCAAGGGCACCCAAAGCACCAAGAACAAGAAAAACAUCCUGUCCAAGAUGCUCACGUGGACGGCCCCGUACAACAACGGCGUGCCCCCGGCGGGCCAGACGGAUGAGCCCUUGCCGCCGCUGCCGCCCGCGGCCUGGACGCCGCCUUAG